AUGUCUCGUUCAAACUUAUUCGUCGUUGCUCUCGCAGCACUGCUUGCACUUGUCCAUGCUAUACCCACUAUCAGCAUUACUGGUACCAAGUUCUUCAACAGCGAAGGCAAGCAAUUCUACGUCAAAGGCAUUGCUUACCAACUCAUUGAGGAUGAUCCUCUUAUCAACACUGUACAAUGUCAGCGAGAUGCUGCUCUGAUGGCCGAACUUGGUGCAAACUCAAUUCGUGUAUACCAUGUGGAUCCCUCAGCUGAUCACACUGGCUGCAUGAAUGCAUUUGCACAAUAUGGUAUAUAUCUUUGGGUCGAUUGCGAUUCUUUCAAGACUUACGUCAGAUUGGGUGACGGGCCAUCCUGGACCCAGAACAAGUCAGAUUUCUAUCGAGCAGUGAUGGACAACUUUCAGCAAUUCGACAAUACUGCAGGCUUCUUCGUCGGUAACGAGGUUCUGAACGACGUAACUGAUUCGAGCUCUGCACCUUACCUGCUCACUGCCGCUGCCGACCUUAGAGCCUAUGGCAGAUCGAGAAAUUACCGACCUAUUCCUAUCGGCUAUUCGGCGACCGAUACUGGUGCCCUCCCUAUGCUUGCCGAUUAUCUCGCCUGUCGCCCGAACGUUGACGAACGAUUGGAUUUCUAUGGCCUGAACUCAUACCGGUGGUGUGGUGAGAGCACUUUCCAGCAAUCUGGUUACGACGUUCUGCUCAAUCAGACCGCGGACUACAACCUGCCAAUAUUCUUCACUGAAGUCGGAUGCAAUACUGUGCCACCUCGAACAUUUAGCGAUCAGGCGGUAGUGUUCAACGAAAUGGCCGAUGUUUGGUCAGGAGCCAUCAUCUAUGAGUGGAUUCAGGAGAUGAAUCAAUAUGGUCUCAUCAACUACGGUCCUCGGCUUGACGCCAGUAUCAAUGAGGGUAGCAGCAUUGUUCAAGGGUUACACAAACUACCUAUAUUUGCACGAUACGGACACUAA